AUGGUCAGUACCAGGGAUGAUGAAGAAGGAGAGGCAGAGGAUGAUGAGGAUGAGGAUGAGGAUGAGAAUGACAAAGAGGAAGAAGGCUUGGAAGACAUUGUUGAUGAAGGGGAUGAAGGUGAUGAAGAUGGUGAUGAAGAGGAGGAAGGCAGGUGUAGGGCUCAGCAGCGGGGCGCUCUUAUGGCCUUAGACGAGGCGCCCCAGGGCCUGACUGCUUGCAGCAGCACAGGAGUGGCUUGCGAAGAGGAAUGCCAGAUGUUUAGUCAACCAAGUACAUCCUUUGUAAAAGUUCCAGCAACGGGGAAGAGACAGAAAAAGACAGUGAAAGAAAAUGGCUGUAAACCAAAGGAGAAAGCAGGAGAUGCUGAGGUGCCAAAGCCCACCCGUAGGAAGGUACCAAUUCCUCCUCUACCAGCCCAUCUGCCCCCAGUGAACUUGAUUCACCGAGAUGUUUUGCGGGCAUGGUGCCAGGAGAUGAAGCUGAGCAGCAAAGGCCAGAAAUUAGAUGCUUAUAAACGACUCCUUGCAGGGGCUUUCCCAGAACAAAUGCACGACUUAAAGAAUGUGCCUGACACACCAAAAGAGGCCAGGGUGAAGACAUUUCGGAAAAAAAUGAAGGUAGAAGAGGGGGAAAUGCCUUGUUCUCAGAUGACAAUUCCUCUGGAAGUGGUCCCUGUACCCCAGGAGCAGUUACCUGCCCUUACUGAGCCUCCUGUCCUCUAUGAAGAAGUCACCACCACCGUUGCAACAAGUGCCUCUGAGGCAGUACUGGCAUCUUGGUCCAAAAUUGUAGCCCAGGCUAAUCAUAAUAUGAAGAAGAAGAAUGAGUCUGUGUGUUCUACUGCAACAGCAGAGACCUCUGGUUCCACAGAAGAAUUGUGGUGUGUGGUUCAUGGGAGAAGCUUUACUGAAAGCACAAAAGGUUGGGUUCGGCUGCAGUUCCACGGUGGACAAGUCUGGGUCCCUGACAAGAAGGGAAAAGUGAUUGCCCUUUUCCUGCUUCCAGCCUGCAACUUCCCACCCCCACACCUGGAGGACAACCUUCUGUGCCCCAGAUGUAUUCACAGGAACAAGGUCUUAAAUAAGAGUCUCCACGACUAA